AUAUUAAAGCCUUUUUUAAAAUCAUUUUGAAAAUUAUAGAGAUAUUGAAGAUUCACCAAUGGCAACAAACAUUGAAGAUGUUGAAAAUUAUUCAUUGAGCCAAGGAGAACUUGGUCACGCCGCGAGCCAAGAUGAAUUUGGUCAGGUUGUUGAAACAUUUGCUAAUGGACAAAACAAUUUAAGUGCAAGUAAAGGAUUGAAGAUUGUGAAGAUUGAGAAAGAAGAUAGACCUACCAAAGCAGUUUACAAGGCUAAAUGCAAGAAUCAACGAGUACCCUAAACAAAGCACUAAUCUAUCACUACAUUAUAGAAUAUCACAAUAAAAACCACUUUUUUUGGGUUUCAAGUAAUGGGAUUUGGGAUGAAGGAUGUCUUUUUUGAAGUGGCCUUGGUUGUGAUCUUUAGUACUUUUGGACUAAUUUACUAUUUCAUCAUCUCUUUGUUGUGGCAAGUUGUUAAACUUUCUAUAUUUUUUUGUUAGGUAUUUAUGUUGGCAUGUGAAUUUGCAUAGCAAAUCGAUGUAGCUACUAUCUAUAGUUUUUUGUUGAGUACUUUGGAUUGCUUUUUUUUUUUUUCAACAAUAUCCAUGUCUUUCAAUUUGGUUUGCAAAAGCUUUUGUGAUUGUUGUGGAUUUCUCUUGUUUGAUUUUAUUAAAUGAUUGCUAUUCAG